GGCCGCCAUUUCGUUCGGCGGGGCUGGGGCCGGGGCCGGGAGCGGCGGGAGGAGCCGCGGUGCCGACCAGAGCUGCCGGGCCCUGCGGAGCCCCGGGAGCUGUUCCAGGCAUGAGUGCCCAGGCCUGCCCCCAGCACUGAGCAACCGGAGCCGCCAGGAUGCCGAUCCCUCCUCCCCCGCCGCCGCCCCCUGGCCCCCCGCCACCCCCCACCCUCAGUCAGGCGAACACAGAACCGCCGAAGCUGAGCCGAGAGGAGCAGCGGGGCCGUGGGGCGCUCCUGCAGGACAUCUGUAAAGGGACCAAGCUCAGGAAAGUGACCCAAAUCAAUGACCGGAGUGCACCCAUCCUGGAAAAGCCCAAGGGCAGUGGCUGCAGCAGCUACAGCUCCGGCUCAGCUGCCAUCCAGCCCAAGGGCGGCCUCUUCCAAGGCGGCGUUCCCAAGCUCAGACCUGUGGGAGCCAAGGACAGCUCAGACAGCUCUGCAAAACAAACACUGCAAGUCCCUGGCUCCCGAGCAGCUGCUCCCAGGCCCCCCGUGCCGGCCAGCAACAGCCGCCCUCAGGACGAUGCCGACAGCAGCCGGGGGUCCCCACCGGAACUGCAGCGCACGCAGAGGCCCUCCCUGCCUGACCUGUCCCGGCCCGGCACUGCUGGCGGCACCGGCAUGAAGCACAGCUCCUCGGCCCCACCGCCCCCACCGCCAGGACGCCGCGCCGCCGCCCCCCCGGCCCCCCCUUCAGUGCACGCCAAGGCCUCGCCCUACAACCGGGAGAAGCCGCUGCCGCCCACCCCGGGACAGCGCCUGCCUGGCAGCAGGGAUGGACCCCCCGCCCCACCACCCAUCAAACCCCCUCCUUCCCCAGUCAGUCUCCGGUCGGGCGCUCAGGGCCAGUCUCUCGCUCCCCCACCUCCCCCUUACCGGCAACCCCCCGGUGUCCCCAAUGGCCCUUCCAGCCCCAGCAGCGAGUCGGCUCCGGAGCUGCCACAGAGACACAACUCCUUGCACAGGAAGGCACCGGGCCCGUUGCGGGGUCUGGCGCCGCCGCCCCCCACUGCUGCCUCCCCGUCCCUGCAGAGCAGCCGCCCCCCGCCGCCGGCCAGAGACCCCCCAAGCCGUGGAGCAGCUCCGCCGCCCCCCCCGAUGAUGCUGCGGAACGGAGGGCGCGACGCCCCCCCACCCCCACCCCCCUACAGACUGCACGGCCCCGCCGAGCCCCCCAGCCGGGGGAAGCCCCCACCACCACCCACCCGGACCCCGGCUGGGCCACCGCCACCACCGCCCAUGCGGAACGGGCACCGGGACUCCAUCUCCACCGUCAGAGCAUUCCUGGAUGACUUUGAAUCCAAAUACUCCUUUCAUCCCGUUGAAGACUUCCCAGCCCCAGAGGAAUAUAAAUACUUCCAGAGAAUCUACCCCAGCAAAACAAACAGAGCUAUGCGUGGGGCUCCCCCUCUGCCCCCCAUCCCCAGGUGAAACCAGGCUGUGCAGGUGGAUUGUUCCAGAGCAAAGACAUGGACCUCCUUCCCCUUCCUCAGCUGGACCCUCCCCAGCUCCCAGCCCCCUGGAUCCUGCAUGACACACUCCCAGCCUCUCCGGUUUUCCCAGGACAAGUGGAUCUCCCCAGUCCAGUGUGCUCCGCCAGCCCUGCAUCAUCUAUGCACCCCCCAGGACUCAGUGACCUCGUGGCAAGCCUGGAUGGGUCCAUCCCUCAUUCCUCCUCGUGGAUCCUGGGUCGGGAUCUGUCUGGGAGCCGGGCAUGGGACUUGAGGCCAAGCUGUGUGCUGGCUCUUGGGACCAGGGGGGCUCAUGAAGCGGGGCUGGGAUCAGGCAGGGAAUGGACAUGCUGUGAGAACCCCCAGAGCAAGGGGAAGCAGGGACAGGAUGGCAGAGCCUCGUUAUCCUGGGAAAUCCUGUUAUCCAGGUGGAACCUUUUUAUCCUGGCACAGCCCAUUGCUUUUUUGCACAGGAGCCAGUGGAGGUGAGAGGGGGAAGGUGAGUGGGACCAUGCAGGGAUACCCCGACAGCACCGGACUGGUGGGGACCCUCUUUCUCUGACCCCACAGAGGGCGACACCCCCAUGUGCCACCCUCAAAAACACUGCUCCCCCUUCCAUUCUCCUCCAGAGUUCCCCUGGCUCUCACUGCUGACCCCCCCAAACAUGAGUAUUUUAACAAGAAAACACUAAUUAUAUGGGGGGGGGGGGGCAUUUGUGCUGGGUCUGGCACAUCAUGGAGCAUGUGGGGGGGCCCUGGGGGCCAGUGAUGUUUUGCCUUACACUCCCUGUCCGACGGGUGGUCCCACGGCGGGGGUCACACUAACGUAGUUACUGAUCUCUUUGUACCAUAGCAGGAAGGGCACGGGGUGCAGGGGUCCACCCCUGCAGAUGGGUUUGGGGCUCAUUCAGGGGAUUUUUUUCUAUGAUGAUGGACCUUCCCCUGCUGAGGCUGGAGUGAGGUGGAUGAGGGGCAAGUGGGGGGGUUUCUCUGGAGAAUGAGCCCCCCCCAGUGCUGCCCUAUGGGUUAAAUAAAGGUUCAACACGGUUCUGCCCCUCCUGGAGCGAGGCGCCCUUUUAAAAGGGAACAGAGGAAUUUGGAGGAGCUGGAAGUUACAUUUAAAUAAAAGUAAUAAAGUGAUAAA